UCCUGAGGGGCUCCAGGUGGCGGGGCGGAUGGAGCCGAGGGCCGAGCCCCACUUCUCGACCCUCGCCGCCGCCCCUCUGCCGCCCUCGGACAGCCUCUCCAGCGGCCUCGACUCGCUCAGCCUGGCCGCGGACGGCGGCAGCUCGCUGGGGUCCGACUCCGAGAUCAAUGGCGGCGAGGCCUCGCUCCCCAGCGCCGACCGAUACGGCUUCGUCGGCGGUUCCAACUUCACCGGAGAGGCGGUGCGAAUCCCGGCAGAGGUCAUCCGUGAGCGGGAGAAGAAGUGGCUGGACACGGAACGAGACUGGGAGAGGUGCAUCACGCGAAGAUAUAAAAAGAUAAUGUUACGAUGUCGAAAAGGUAUUCCAGCUUCGAUGCGAUCCCGAAUUUGGCCACUGCUUUGUGGGGCGAAGGCACGGAUGCUUCAGAAUAAAAAUAUAUUUAAGGUGCUGGAUGAGUCUGCCGGGGACAGGCAGUGGCUGGACGCCAUCGAGAAAGAUCUUCACCGGCAGUUCCCCUUCCACGAGAUGUUUCUGUCGCGGGAAGGGACGGGCCAGCAGGACCUGUAUCGAGUUCUGAAAGCCUACACAGUCUACAAGCCCGAAGAGGGUUACUGCCAAGCACAAGGGCCGCUCGCCGCCGUACUCCUCAUGCAGAUGCCGGCCGAG